AUGUGUUUUCAUGACGAUCGAUUACUACACGUGAAAAAUGAAUAUCAGUUAAUGAUCAACUCGCUCGACUCUUACUUUUACGAAGCUGGUGAAUCAUCGCUCUUCAAUAUAUAUAACCUUGCCGGUGCGAUUGAGUCUUGUCAUGAUAUAAUGGCUGUAACUCCUGUCGGGGCAGAGCAAGUUAAAUGGGACCCAAAUCCAUUUGGUUGGUCGCCCCGACCAGAAGCAGCCUUAGUAUUAGGCCGAAGUCGUGCUAUCAUCUAUCCAGACCUCAUACCUGGCGUACAGCCAGAUCUUUUUGAAUAUUCCCAUCAGUUUUUUACGCCGGGAGAAGAUCUUUUACUGGCGCAUGCUCUCAUACAGUUUCGUCACAUCCCGCAAUCUACUGGUCAUGAUCCUUUUGGAAGGUUGUACUGGGUUCAAAAAAUGCUACUGCCCUGUAAAACAAUAGCACAAAUCCGAGCGCACAUCCGGCUCGCACGGAAUCAUACCGAAGGACAAGUGAACAACAGAAAUCCGAUCUACCAAAUAAUAAUGCAAGCGCUCAAUGGCGUCUGUCAUCUUCGGUUUCCAUUCGAACGUCCUGUUGCUCGUUAUGAUACAUUACAAAUGUGGCCCGAUGAGGAAAGACCUAUAUGGUUCAAUAAAUUCCUCAAGCAUUUCACGACUAUUGGCCCAACUUUGAUUAUUCCAUCUGCGCAAGCCAAUAGUCAACCUACUCCACCAACGAUAAAUUGUGAAAGAACUAAUCUACCUGUCACCGAAAAUGCAUCCAAAUCAGAGAGGAAACCCAACGUUGCAAUAUGCAGUUCAUCAAUAUUUUAUGAGGUGGACGUUGCAUUCCGUCAAGAAGAAGAGGCUGCGGAAAGUGGAGUAUACGCCAGACCUUACUCAUAUCUCUAUGAGUCAGCUCACCUUGCAACUGAAUGUCCUUCCAGCGGAAAUCAACGCUCAAGUACACUGAGCGUCAAAGAGGAUCCCGAAACAAUCACUGAUCCUCAGCCGGUGGAGAGUUCACCUGCGAAGUCGCCAGCUUUCGAAAUUCCAGCUCAGGAACUGCUCCUGGAUUCCUCAUCAAGCACUAAUUUGCAUCCGCAUAGUCACAGGGAAGCAGGCAGCAACACUCCCGCACUUCCGGACGUUUGCGAAAUGGAAGACACUGAGUUCAGUGUUUAUGAACCACAUAAAGAACCCGAGACGCCGAAAACAACGCAAUGCCCUGAGAGCCUUCGUUUGCCAAAAUCUGAAUUCUCAAUCGACGAUGAGUUGGAGGAGGGCACUGGAAUGAAAUUCAUAUACACUAUGAAGGCAGUACUUAAGGACAUGUGA